AAAUGUCAAUUAAUAAAAAAAAACAACUGUCUAGCUAUCCUCGAAAAUAAUCGAAAAACUGUGUUAUUGAUAUUUCAUUAAUAAAACAUUAUAAAAGUACAAAAAGAAUUGUUCGUAUUCGUGCUAACUAGCAAAGUUAAGUUUGUAAUCGCUAUGGCGAACGAUAGAGAAGUACUAAGAGAAAUAUGGGAUGGAAAACUUCCUAUUUGUUUUCAACUCGAUCAAGAAGAAAUCAUGGAAAUUCAGCAACCUGAUCCAUUCUAUGUUAUGGUUCCACGAUUAAGCUAUUUCCCCCUUGUUACUGAUAAGAUGAAAAGACAUUUUCUGCGCUAUAUAUCUCAAGAAAAUGCGGACAAUGAGAUGUGGUUAGAUUAUAAUGGUCAACCUUUGAAGUGGCACUACCCCAUUGGUUUCCUAUAUGAUUUAUUCUGUGGACACGAUCCUCAGCUUCCAUGGACUUUGACUGUGCAUUUCACAAAAUUCCCUGAAGAUAUUAUUCUCCACUGCCCUAAUAAAGAUAUUGUUGAAGCCCAUUACAUGUCAACUGUAAAGGAGGCAGAUGUACUAAAACAUCGUGGUCAAGUCAUGUCUACAAUGCAGAAAAAGGAUCAUAACCAAUUAUGGCUUGGAUUACAAAAUGAUAAAUUUGACCAGUUCUGGGCAAUCAAUCGGAGGCUCAUGGAAUCACAUAGUGACAAUGAUGGCUUUAAGCAUAUUCCUGUCAGAAUUUAUUCCGAUGAUGGAGCAUGUAAUCAACGACUAGUCAGCCCCAAAAAUAGUGAUGGUUCGAGGAAAGUCCUACAGCAAAUGAUUACAGAAUUAUAUCCUGAUAAACCUGACGUUAAACUAAGGACACAUGGAAUAACCCUGCCUACAGACACCCCUCUGCAGUGGCUUUCAGAACAUAUGAGCUACCCCGAUAACUUCUUACACCUAUGCUUAUGUUAACCAACAUUGCUGGGAUACUCAAUAUUUCUUUAACUGCUUUUCAAUGCUAUUUAAUGAAUAAAAAACAGUUACCAAGAGCAUUCCUACACAAAAAUUGAUUUUGUUGUUGCAUACCUUUAUCUGUCCAUCAUAGAUAAAAAACAACAAAGUUGACAUCUGAAAAUUAACAAUGGUAGAAAGAGUUAUUUCAUACAAUUGGGAAAAAAUAAAGGUUAUUUUCAAUGGUAAAUUUAAUAAAAAAAAACAUGAUUUCUACUUAAUAGUAAACAUUUUUGUAUGGCCACAACUUUACUGUCCUUAACACAGGUCAUAAUAUGUCUGGAGAUUAGUUAUUUUACAAUACAAAUGUUAAAUUUUUUAGCAUAAUACUAAAUAUUAAGAUGUUCUGAAUAGUGCCAAACACAUACAAAUAACUCCAGCUAUAUAUGUAUAAUAAUAUUUACACAUGCCAUUAAACAAAGUUUAACGUGAAAAAUGCAACUAUGACUCUGCUUCCUGUUUACUAUUAAGGUGGGAUUAAAACAAAAUAUUGUAAAUGAACAGAACUGAGGAACGACAAUACAUUUUAUGGCUGCCAAACUUUAGAGCUAAUACUUAGCACCACUUCCUAUACUAAAUAACUGGCAUCAACCCAUCAAAUCCACAAACAAAUACAUUACUGGUUUACCUAUGAUUCUCAUUUGAGUCUCAUCAAAGAAUCAGGUACAUAAUUGCUAGCUUUCAGCUAAACAACUCUUUAAGAGAACAGGUAUCACAUGGUUAGCCUUAAAUAUAACUUAAAAUGUGUAAAAAAUAUUAUAAUUCACUUUUAUCAAGAACUUUCUCUUUGUGUUUCUUGAUAAUAUAGGGAAUGUGCUUUAUAAACCUCCUGCAGCCAUUGUUGGAGAAUAUUGGUUGAUCUUCAGAAGGUCCAUACGUGAUUACUGACAAAGCAUCCCUGAAAUGUAGAUUCAUAAAUUAAUAUUGUAUUACACAGCUUCUGGUCUAAUGAAAUUAAUUGAAAUAAUCAUGUAGAUAUGUAGAAUUCAAUGUAUAUUAAGACUAUUGAAAAGGUAAAUAAAUCUUACAUCAUCAUUUCAUCACUGGGAUCAUAAACGCCAUUCAACCGGAACUCGGACAAUGCACACCGCUCAACAUGUUGCUGCUCCAAAGGCAGGAAGGGAAUGUAGUGAUCAAUUAGGUGACGUGCUAUUAAGUCAGCUUUCUCAAAUCCUCCUGUAAAUAAAUUAAGAAUCAUUCUCAUGGUUUUUUAAUCUUUGGAGGAGGUCAAAGCCUGCAUUAAAAUGCACUAUGCCAACUUCAUAGUAAUAGUCUAAAAGUUAUAUUAGAUACUCUUCAUGAAUACUAAGUAAAUUAUACUAUACAAUAUAGUGUGGUAAAAUGAGUAAGUGCUGCUAGCCUACCUGAAUUGUUAGUCUAAGUCCCACAAACAGGCAUAAAGCUCACAAUAUUGUUUCACAGUGUGACAACUUGAUACUGAAACUUAAAGUUACAAUAAAUACAUACAAACCUUUAUAAUAAGCAGUCCUCCUAAUAACAGCUUCAAAAUCACUAAAUUCAACAUCAUUUCUUUUCACUCCUUGAGUGUACAGCUGCAGCAGGUUAUCUGCAAUCUCCUGACCACCAAUAUUCGAAAUAAAUACAAAAAUACUGUCCCUGAAACAACAAUAUUCAAAUUGUUACUAUAUUGUAAGGUAUUUGCAAUUUUUCUAUUUAACAUUAAGGACAAGGUUUAGAAGUACUUAAGUACUUCUGAAAUAUCCUCCUGCAGCCCAGAUUUCUAGACAAUAAUUAAACAAAUAAUUAAUUAAACAAUGGGGUUUGGCUUGUAAAAACACCUUGAGCCUUAAGAUCAUUAUAUAUUUUGUAUUAUAUUGUGUGUGAUAAGUCUAACAUGCCUGUAGUCUACUCCAUCCACAGCUUGGUGAUGGUCCACCAUAGGUUUUAUUGCAUCAAGCACAGAUGGGCACAUGUCAUGGAUCUCAUCAAAUAUGAACAGAGAUCUUGGACAAUUCUUCACCAUCUUAUUAACAAUGUCCAAUAGUUCUUUCUGUAAACAAGCAAAAUAUUAAAUUAAGUUUGCCAAACUUGAAGUUCAAUACAUAAAUAUGUCACUGGCUUUCAUAAACACAAAGAGUUUAAUGCCUGGUUCUCCAUUAGUUAGCUUCAAAAGUAGCAAACCAUGUUUAAAAGAACUAAGUAGAAGAUAUUUAUUACCUGACAAAAUGUACAUUAAUUCAGAGAAUACAUCUCACCUUUUUUCUCUCUAAGUCUGUGCAGUCAAAGUCUUUUUUACCCAUGAAUAUUUUAACAUAUUUGCUAUGAACACCAUUUUUAUAAAUGGCAUCAGCUAUCAUAGAAGCUGCAUAUGUUUUACCAACCCCAGUCCAUCCAUGCAGGCUGAUAACUAAAGCUUUUUUAUUGAUUUUAUUCUCUGCUUCAACUGCAUCUUUGUGGGCAUGUAGAAUAGUAACAAGUUCCUUUACAAGUGGUUGGCCAAACAUUCUUUGAGAGAGUGACAGCUUCAAUUCUGCAAUAAUCAGAUAAUUAUAACACAAAGUAGCUUUGCAAAAUAGUUCUAUAAGCUAGAAAACAGGUAAAUAACUAGGUAUAUAUAAUUACUCACUGUCUAGGUCGUAAGGCACGUAGUUAGAAUCACAACAUUCUGUAAACCUACAAACAGUUUGUGCUUUGAUAGUAUCCCAUUUAAACCACCCACCAGCGAUUGCUGCACUAGCCACAAGCGACGUUGUGAUAAUGAUCUCUGAAUUUACAUGUCCGAUAAUUAAAAACAAAAUAAGCACAAGACAUUUAUUGCACAGAAUCAUUUUAUUGAAACUUCACACGUGAGUCUCUGUUGUGAAAAUUAAUUAAUUAUUUGUAUAUUCACUUUCUCCACUAUUAGGUUUGUAAAUCCAUGUUUAUUGUAACUAUUUGUAAUUGUAUCGUGGUAAUUUAUGUGUAUUAAAAUUGAUCAAGAAAAGAACGUGAUAUCAAUAACACCAAAAUACCAAAA